AUGACAUCUCCAGGUUCCCCAGAAGGACCAGACACCACCAUCUCCUCAGACCAGGCUGAAGGACCAGACACCACCAUCUCCUCAAACCAGGCUGAAGGACCAGACACCACCAUCUCCUCAGACCAGGCUGAAGGACCAGACACCACCAUCUCCUCAGACCAGGUAUAUCAGGCUGAAGGACCAGACACCACCAUCUCCUCAGACCAGGCUGAAGGACCAGACACCACCAUCUCCUCAGACCAGUCUACAAUCCCCAGUCCCCCAGACCGACAAUCCCCAGUCUUCCCAGCCUACAAUCCCCAGUCUUCCCUCACAGCUGAGGGUGGAAGCAGUCUAUGUGCCCCAGUGAUCAGCAAUAAGGAAGUAGGAGGUAACAUCAACAUCACUCAGAACAACACUCAGAACAACGAUGACUCCUCCCAGGUUGCACAAUGCAGUGCCACGCUAAAAGGUGAGUUGCGUGGUGGUCUGUCUCCAGUAUCCAGAGAGACCCAGAGCGCAUCAAGGAACACACACUACCACCACAAUAUGAAGAGAAAGACAACACAAAGAAGACACAAUACAUAAUGAAUGAUAAAUACAUCUGCUUAAUGCAUUAUUAUGAUGCAUGACAUAGGAGCUAACAGGUUAUUUUGCAUUGCGUAUUAUGCAGAUGAAUGCACAUAUAAUGCAUUAUGAAGAGGGUAUUCAUAGGAGGUGUUACCAUAGGAGGUGUUACCAUAGGAGGUGUUACCAUAGCCAUAGGAGGUGUUACCAUAGGAGGUGU